AUGUGGUGGCCCCGGCCACGGUGGAAGAGUGACAUUUUCACGCGUUUUGUACUACUGUUAUUAUUCAUCAUCACAACCACGACUACAAAAAACGCAGUGAUGGCAGACGAAGGGCAGCAGCAUUGCGGCUCUGGUAAUAUAUCCGCCGUGGUAUGGACAACUGUAUUUUGUACGAUGCUGUUGGUUAUCGCAAUUGUUGCGAUAUAUUUUGUUUACUGUAAGAGAAGAGAACACGACUGGUCAUCGUUGUGGUGGAAGAGCAAUUCAGACAAAAAUCUCGUACUACAAACAUCAGCUCCUGUUAAAAACCAAAAAUUGAAGAAUGGCGGAACUGAUAACCCAGCAUUUUCAGCAGAUACUUAUAUUGGCGACUGUGUUGCAAAAACAGGAUUGACUAGGGUCGUGCGAGUGUCCUCGUCGUCUAUAGGCGAAGGGUCGCUGGGAAACGAAUUGUCAUUAAAAGAAGAAGACGGCAGACAAAUCUACAUGUGCAAACACAAUGAUGGAUCAAAAGAUCAAUUGGUUGCGUUGCGGUUUGUGUUUGAUAAAGGGCAACAGCAACAACUGAGCAGACCGCCAGCAUCGGAUCUAAGUCGCUCGCUGGUCGAGCUGAGUCGCAAGUACGGGUUGCAUGUUGAACUGGAAACCGAGGGAGAAGCUGUCGUAGGGACGCCGGAAAAAUGCGACGAUACUUCAGCAAAAUGUACGAAGUCCAACAUUCUAUCGGCUGUCCGCGGACAAGCGCAACGUCUGUGGCACCAGAGACAGCUCGCAUUCAAAGGGGGUGACAGUAACGGCCGCGUGGACGUGGAUAAAGAGAUCGUACAAGGUGAUGUGGAAAGCUGCCGCGUUGAAGCAGUCCACGUGGGUACGGCCCCACCGACCCAGACAUCUCCAUCUUCUGUGAUGACGGUAAACGAAACCGGGGCCGCCGAACGGCCGCCACGAAACCUUGGUGGAUCGUUACGGUAUCGCACUCUGGAGUACGGUGCAUCGCCCGCUGAUGCUGAAGCACACUCGUCGCCAGACAGCGGCGUCCAGUGUUGUACAGUCAAUCCGUCGGAGCCUGUCCCGGGGAAGGUCGAUAAAGACCCAGCCGCCGCAGUGACGGUGACAAUCGACAGAGAUGUGGUGGCGGCGGCGGAGGCUGGUAAAGGUGUAGUAGCAGUGCCAUCAGUGAAAGAUGUGGUAGUGAUGGUGGACAAAGGCGAAGCAGUAAAAGCGGACAAAUACGAAGCAGCCAAAUCGGACAAAAUGGAAGCAGACAAAGAUGAAACAAUCGUGGUGCCAGACAAAAACGCUGCAGCCGUGUUGAAAACGGUCGACGACCCUAAGAAAUCGGUGGUGAUGGUUAAACCGAAAAAUGACGAACCAAAACACUCCAACCCACCUCCACCGCCUCCGCCUCGUAAGUACAGCUCGGCGGUAGUGCCACCGACUGUUCCAGUAACCGCGGUCGUACCGCCGACUGUUCCAGCGACCGUGGUAAUGCCGCCGACUGUUCCAGCGACCGUGGUAAUGCCGCCGACUGUUCCAGCGACCGUGGUAAUGCCGCCGACUGUUCCAACGACCGUGGUAAUGCCGCCGACUGUUCCAGCGACUGUGGUAGUGCCGCCAACAGUUCCAGCGAAUGUGGUAGUGCCGCCAACUGUUCCAGCGACUGCGGUUACCGUACCACGGGCUACCGGUGCCACAGCAACCUGCAACGCUUCCGUACCCAGGGUCGAUAACGUUCCACCAGAGCCCUGCAUGGCACCGGUUCCGGUCGCUUGUGCCGAGCUGACCAAGGCGCCCGCCGCGGCAAUAAACGAAAUCCGAGUGGACGAUGACUAUUACUGGUGCACAACGACCGCCAUGGCGCCGCCAAUGUCCACCUUCGGGAAACGACCGUCCGUGACGCCAAGUGUCGAAAGCGGCAGCGGAGGUGGUGCAGCGGACACCACUAUUGGCGACAGAGCUGCUGCCUUCCAAGGCGUGUUCGACAAAGGCGCUGCGGUGGCCCCGCUCAUGGUGGACGACAGUCGAGAUGUGGUGGCCGGCGGCACGACCAGUAUCGAGGACGCAUCGUUGCCGUCAUUUUCGUCCGAUGAAGAUGAGGACGACGAAGACAACUGCAGUAACGGUGUGGUGUUGGCGGUCGACAAGUCCAAGUUCCCGCUGUGCAGCUCCAUCGGUACUUCGGCGGACGGUGUCGGAGGAGUGUCCGGCGGUGGAUCCGACGAAAUAAAGAUCAACUGCAACGGCGAGACACCCAAAAACAACAACAACAACAACGACGACGACGAAGUCGACGGCUCAGGUGUAGCACCGCCUGCCUCGGCGGAACCGAAAUCGCCCACAAAGCUGCCGUCCCUACGGCUGUCGCUGUCUUCCCCACUGUCGUCUACAGCCAAUACAUCGUGCUAUUCGUCGUCAGCAUCGUCGACCUCUUCGACCUCACCUUCGCCAACGAACAGCACCAUCAACAAUUCGCCAAUCGUGUCGAAAAUACCGGUACGACGGCAGUCCGCCGGCAGCGGAGUAGUAACUGUUUCCACCCCGCUCACAAACGGCACAGCCAAGAAAUCCAUUCCGUUACCUCUGUCGAGAAGCGGUUCCCGGUUGGCCAUGUGGACUUCGGCCAACUGA